AGGUUAUGCGCGAGGACCUAAGCACCACUUAAAGCGUUUACAUGCGCCAAAAGCAUGGAUGUUAGAUAAAUUAGGUGGUGUUUUCGCCCCUAGACCGUCAACCGGUCCACACAAGCUGAGGGAAUGUCUUCCCUUGGUAAUUUUCCUACGUAACAGGCUAAAGUAUGCCCUGACCAACUCAGAAGUGACCAAAAUUGUCAUGCAACGUCUGAUCAAAGUUGACAGCAAAGUUCGCACAGAUCCCAACUACCCAGCUGGAUUCAUGGAUGUCGUCAGUAUUGAGAAGACCGGCGAAUACUUCAGAUUGAUCUACGACGUGAAAGGACGUUUCGCAGUCCACAGAAUCACCGCCGAGGAAGCGAAAUACAAAUUAUGCAAAGUCCGUAAAGUUCAGACCGGACCUAAGGGUAUUCCAUUCUUGGUAACCCACGACGGGCGUACCAUCCGUUAUCCCGACCCUGUAAUAAAAGUAAACGACACAAUUCAAUUGGAGAUCGCUUCGUCUAAAAUACUUGACUCAAUUCGAUUUGAACCCGGUAACUUGUGUAUGAUUACUGGCGGAAGAAAUUUAGGGCGUGUUGGUACUGUCGUAAAUCGUGAACGUCAUCCAGGUUCUUUCGACAUUUGUCACAUUAAAGAUGCCCAAGGACAUACUUUUGCUACUCGAUUGAACAAUGUUUUUAUUAUCGGAAAGGGAACAAAGGCCUACAUAAGCUUGCCCCGAGGUAAAGGUAUUAAGCUCUCAAUCGCUGAAGAACGUGAUAAGAGAUUAGCGGCUAAAGGUGGCAAC